AUGAGUGCUCAACGUCUCAUCAAGAAUCUUGUCAAUAGUACCAGAGUGAUGAAGCCAUCCAAGCCGUUGGUGUGGAUCGAUUGCGAGAUGACGGGUCUCAACAUCAACACUGACCAUAUUAUUGAGGUGUGUUGUUUGAUAACCGAUGGUGAUUUAAAUGUGGUGGAUGACUGCUACGAAUCCACCGUGUACUAUGAUGAAUCGGUUCUUCAAAAAAUGGAUGCCUGGUGCACGAAAACCCACACGGAGUCAGGUUUAUGGAAUAAGGUAAUCAGUAAUCCUGACAGAACUGUUUCCAAGGUUCAAGACGAGCUUUUGGCAUUUAUCACAAAGUACGUGGAUAUUCACAAGGGUCUUUUGGCAGGUAAUUCGGUUCAUAUGGAUAAAUUUUUCAUGAUGAAAGAGUUUCCAAAGGUGAUAGAUCAUUUACACUAUCGGCUUGUAGAUGUGAGUUCUCUCUCAGAGGUUGGCAAGCGUCACAACCCCAAAUUGAUGAGUGUUCAGCCACGGAAAAAGAAGGAUCAUACUGCCAAACUGGAUAUUCUUGAAAGCAUCGAACAGUUACGGUGGUUGAGAGAAACAUACUUGAAGAGCGAAGAGGAGUCUCGUGACACAAUCGACAAGUUGUCCCGUGCCCGUAGUAACAGUAGUUAA